CUCUAAAUGCAGCGCGCAGGGCUCCAGUUGUAGAAUUUAUGAUCCCGAAGAAUUGAACAAAUUUGGGCCUGUAUCUUUGCUCUAGCAUUCCAACAAAAAUAUAUCAACUCUGGUUGCGCAUAAGUUUCAAUCUAUCAUAGUCAUGAUUAGUGCCAAGAAUGUGUGCAACAAGGCAGAAAAUAAAAUAAUGAAAUCAGAAACAGUCAAGUUUCAAAAUAUGACAAUAACGACAAUAACAUGAGUUAAGCCCCAAUUUGCAAUAAAAUGCAUUCCAAACUAUUUGCCUGCUUCAUGCUUUGUGCGCUUGCAUUUGCACCCGUGAUAAAUCACAAAAACAAGUCAUCUUUAAUCACAAACAAGUGCCGUAAUGAUAAUGAGUGCAGUGUUCCCCUACCCCUCUGUGAUUGCCUAAUCUAUUUUUCAACAAUUUCAAAAGAUGUGUUUUUCCUUCUCAUUCUCCUCCCUCCUACCACUCGAGGGAAUGCAAGUGUUAUUUUCCAAGGCCUCAGUGAGACUUCAUUCUCUUUCUCCCCUCCCCCGCUCCUUUAUUACCUUACCUGGCUGUGAGUGUGUGUGUGCGCGAGUUGUGCAGCCACACCCGGCUACCUUGAAUCUACCAAUCAUCUGCUUGAGCCCGAAACACCAAGGAGGUGUACUUCCUGUGUUUGGUAAAAGAAGAAUGGGGCAGGACAGCACGGCCAGCGACUUGCGUACUUUUGUUCCUGGGAGUUUCAUGCUGCGGCUAAAGGGAGAGAAGCAAAAGAAGUGGACGGGACCCUGCAAAAUUUUUGUAUGAUUUAUGAGAAAGCGGUUCAGUGAGAGCGGCUUAUAGAGGACGGCAAGGCACAAGGGGGUUGAAGGAGGAGGGGAGAAGAUAAGUGUCAAUCUGUUGAGACUUGUUUGGGAAUUUGAAGAAGGAGGUGGGGAGAGCCAGAGAAGGCAGCAAGAAAGUGGAGGAGAGUUCAGGCGUAAACAUUAGGCUUUUUCAUCGCUCUUAGAGACGCAGCUUCAUUUGGAAACAUGUUUGAGAUUUAAUAAGUCACCUAGGACGAUGUGAAAGCAGAGAAUGCAUAUUUUUAUGUUGUGCAAUCCACAUGCUUGAGGGCUGAGCAGGACCGGAGGGGGUGGGGGGGAGACCAGUUCUCCCCACGACUUCACAUUCAGGUUCUCCAAAAUAUGGUACCAUGGGGACCAAAAGGCCAAUUGACAAUUUAUCAAACAUAAGGACGUCAGACUGGAAGCUUCAGCCAGGCGGAGGAAUCUCCAGGGAUCCCAGUCCAAGGCCAUCCAUGACUGCCCAGUCAGAGUGGGAAAGCAGCCAAGACGAAAAGGGUCGGAGGGAUCGAGAAGUGGAGAAAGUGAAAGACAAGUCCAGGUACCGAGAUACAGACCCCCGCGACAGAUACUACGAGCGAGACCGGGGCCCAAAGACCAGGCCGAGGGAGGCCGGCCAAGAAAAGAGGCGAGAAGAUGAAAGGAACAAUGGGAGGCCGCUGUCAAAUGUGGAGAGAGACUUUGAGAGGGAGGUGGAAUGGGACAUGAAGAAAGGUGACACAUUUCCCAGGAUGAGUAGAAGUCGUGAACGGGAUGAAGGACGCGAGCAGAGGCACCAGGGAGACAAGCCAAGAAGGACUGAGACGGUCGGAUGGGAGCGCGAAAGAGAGACCGCGCAGCAGAGGGAGCGACAAAGAGGUGAAUGGAGAAGCUAUGAAAAAUCCAGGCAGAGGUAUCAAGAGUCCAACUCUGCUCUCCGAGAAAAAAGGAGAGACGUCCUGCAGUCAGCGGGCUCCAGGGACACAAGAGAGAGGGAUGCAGCAAAAAGAAGGGAAAACAUGGGAGGAAGGGAGGCCAGGAAGCCCUCACCGCACAGUCGAAGAGACGGGGGGAUGCAUCCAGACCGUUGGGAGCAGGAGAGGACCUACAGGAGAGCCGGAGGGAGGGGUACAAGGAGUGAGGAAGACACCGGCGAACGAGAAACAAGGUGGGAAAAAGCGAGGGCCACCGGCAAGCGAGAGGAGUUCGCAUAUCAACACAGCAGAAGUGAGGGGGACAACAAGGGCAGCUCGGCAAGGGAGCCGGACAGAGACAGGCGCAGAAACACAGACGCAGAUCGUGGCGAGAGGGGGGAGGAGAGGAACCGGGGGCGAUACAGGGAGGUCGACGGGAGAGUCGCAUGGGAGGGGGGAAGACGGUCGGGUGACAGGAGAGGGAAGGAGCACUACAGGGUGCACGGGCCGUGGAAGGAAAGGCAAAGACAGGAAAGAGAGGCUGACUCGAGGUGGGAUGACACAACACUCAAGGAGGCGGCCUCUAGGACGCCGCCAAGAUCUCAGAGUAGUGGCGAGUGGAGCAGUGAUAUGGACAAUGAUACGCGACGUAAGCGAGGCAGAGACGGCUACAAAGAGCGGGACUUGGGCAAGGAAAGCCAACCGGAGGACGGGAGGAGUGUGCAGAGAGCAAAGAGAGAGGAGCCAAGGAGGUAUGAGAUUGACAUAAAUGAGAUGGCAGCCGGUGUGCCGGAGCAGAGACGGAUGUGGUUAGAACCGCAGAGGGGCAGGAAUAGCAAAGAGUCGUCUCUAGAGGAUGACUUUGUAGACAGAGAGAGGCCCGAAAAGUUGAAAGAGGGGAGGGGAGAAGAGCAGAGGGAAGCAGAAAAAGGACGUGUUGAGAGUUGGAGACGGGAGGGGGUAAGUGGAGACGGAGAAGACGACCGGGGGGAGUUAGAUCAUCUGUCUGGCAGCGAUGGAGGUAUGGGGCUAAGCUUGCACAGGGAUGCGGAGGGAGAGAGCAACAGCGAGGAGAGUGAAAAGGGAAGUGAGAUAGGGUGGAGGCCAGACAGAGACCGAAUGCACUCGGGAGAGGACGGCUUCGUGACUGUUUCGAGCGGCGGCGACGACGAGGACGAGCGAGAGGAGUUUCUGGACUGUCAGGAUUUCUGGGAGGGUGGGCAUGCAAACGACACGCCCUCUCGUCCUGGACAUGAGCAACACAUGAGGGAGGAAUACGCUAAUGAGGAGGACGUCGCCGGGAAGGAAAAGAAGCCCAAGUACGUCUUUUGCUUGAUCGGCCAAACGUUACCGCAACCGAAGUCUGACAGGAUGUCGCCGUCACUCGCCGAGCAGGAGGAAGAAGGCGAAAGACACAACCUCCUUUCAGAAAGUCUUCAUCACAGCGGCGAUGAUGUCAGCUGGCAGCCUCAGGAUGACCUGUGUCCGUCAUCGAGGAGGAAUGAUGAGCAUGUGACGAACAGCCAGCAGGAGGCUGACGGGGACAGCAACAGGUGUACUGACGACAGCCGCCAACUACUUUCUCCACAAGACGAUCCGAGAAUGAGAGCGAAGAAAGCGGAGCACCCGUAUGCCGAAAUCGGGCCCUUUAAAAGGGACUCGCAGACUGAAAAACUCCUCAUGAAAUGGCGGGAAAAGAGUAAAGAAAUUGAAGCGAGGGACGGACUCCUGAGGAAUCCCUACGGCGAUGUUUGCUCUCAAGUGACACUUGAGCAAAUUCUGCCUGCCUUAGAAGGGCUGAACGUCGAAGCGAUGAGCCCAGAAGAGAAAGAGGCCAUUCGGAUACGGUUGAGCGGAGCAUGGAGCAUGUCUGAGGAGCCCAAGCGGCAUUCGCAAGCACCUCACCUCAAGUGGGCCAAAAACGUGGUGCGGGAGAUCCUGGGACACUCGGGGGAGGACGUGAUAGAGGACCCCAGCUCAGCAGAUCAAGGACUCUCUCAGACCGAGGCGAGCCAAAUGGACGAGCUUGCGCAGGGGGCCGCGGAGAUGCACCUCCAUAGCUUGAGGGAGGAUGAGCUGCAAUCCGAACCCGAGCCGGAGCUGGAGGAGGAAGAGCCUGUGGAGGUGGAGGGGCUGAGAGGUACGGGGCAGGGCCAGCAAAACAUGCAUGCCGGCCAGCUCGCAGCCAUGCAUGCUGACACAUCCGCAUACACUCAUGCUGACACAUUGUUAGACACAGAAGGCAAGGAGGAUCACGACCCGGCAGUGGAUAAAGAGUCUGAGCCUCAGCCUGAUCUCCGGUCAGAGAAGGUAGCCGUAGACGUGAAAAUGGUUGAGGAGGCGGAUGAUGAGGUCAAGACGUCCGAGACUGAGAAAGAGGCGAGUAGACAGGAGGAAAUGGAGAUGUAUUUGUGCGUGAGCAAUACGCUGUACAAGCCGAGCAGCUGCCCCAUUCUCAACUAUAAGUCUCAGUCAGAUGCCCUCAUGCCCUCCACAGAGGGCGAUGACGAUGAGGAUGAAGAGCUGUAUGAGGCAGAAGGGGAGAGGGAGGAUGAGGAAACGGGUUUCCCAGAGGGUCAGGGCUCACCGAGUGUAGAAUCAGAAACCGAUGAGUGUAGCACAGAUGGAGCAGACCCGGACGCGAGGAAAGCGGGAGGCGCCACUCUGAUGAGCACCUGCAGUUUCCGGGAUUUGGGUCCCGAGGCCCGUCUGAGGAGACGGGGUAUCCGUAAAACCACCGAAAGAAGAGAGGAGAUGCUUGUAGAGGUGGAAGAGGAGGAAGGUCUUGCCAGGGAUCGCAGAACUCGAAUAUUCACUACGACAGACGAGGAUGAUCGCAGUAAAAGUUGGGGAGAGGUGGAGCUGAGGAACAUUUUGGACACAAUCGGAAGACGGAAAAGGAAUUCAAAGUUUUUCAAUCGCGCCCAACUCUACCAGCAGUACAGCGAGGCGGCCCAGAACUUUGAGAUCCUGCGCCAGUCUCGCUCUGAUGUCCUCUCGGUUGGCGAGGACGGUUCGGCCUCUCCCGCUCCGUCGCCGCCUCCGGCCCGUCGACCUCUCCCGCCGCUGCCCCCGGUCCCGCAUCCCCACUCCCUGACCCACACAGGCUCCAUCACCAGCGUGAGAAGCUUACCUCUGCCCGAGCCCCCGAGAAGUGAGGGCAGGCCCACAUCGCCGCGGCUCUCCAUCUCGCUCACGCAGUCGAACACGCUGUGGCGGGAGCUGCCGGGAGUCAGGAGUAGCAACGAGCUGGAGGACCUCCCGGAGGACAAGAGGCGCCUGCAGGAGGUGCGAUUUGAAGUGGUGACUUCUGAGGCGUCCUACUGCCGCAGUCUGGACAUUGUGGUCGAGCAUUUCGUCAAGUCCAAAACGCUUGGGGUGCUACUGACCACCCAGGAUCGCAACUGGCUCUUUUCCCGGCUGGCCGACGUCCGUGCCAUCAGCCACAGUUUCUUGGCAAAGCUGGAGGAGCGGCUGGAGUCGGACAUCAUGCACUUUACGGUGUGUGACAUCAUCGCUCGCCACUGCCAGCGCUUCAAGAUGGUUUAUGUGCCCUACCUCACCAACCAGUCCUAUCAGGACGCCACCUACCAGAGACUCAUGAAUGAGAAUCCGGGCUUCAAGCGCAUCGUGGAGAAGUUGGAGAGGAGUCCUGUUUGUCAGCGACUUCCCCUUCGUUCCUUCCUCGUCCUGCCAUUCCAAAGAAUUACGCGAAUUAAGCUGCUGGUCCAGAACAUUGUGAAGAGAACAACUGCGGGCACUCCAGAAGCGACGCAGGCCAUUAAAGCUUUGAGACUUUUGGAGAAGCUGAUCCAAGAGAGCAAUGACAGCAUCUCGCAAAUGAAAAGCAUCGAGUCGCUGGUGUCCCUCAGUGCCAAGGUGGACUUUGAAUGCAGGACUCUUCCUCUCAUCAGUCAGUCUCGGAGGUUGGUACGGGAGGGACCAGUCACCGAACUGAUGGAUUUCUCCCUUAAGGACACGGAGAGGAAUAUCUACAUGCACUUAUUCAAUGACUACUUGCUGCUUUCGCAACAAAAAGAAGGGGGCCGAUUUACGGUGAUCGACCACGCUCCCGUGGUGGAGCUGCGAGCGGAGAACUGCCGCGUCAAACUUCAUUCCCUGCAGAAGAACCUCUUCCGGCUGCACAUGUCGCACAAGUCGUUGCUGCUCAGGACCGACACACAGAGUGAUAAGCUACGCUGGAUAUCCGCCCUUUCACGCCCUCACCCUGAAGUGGAUUUUUCUUCAGCACAAGAUUUCCCACAGAUGCAGUGUAUCAGAGCUUUUGUGGCCCAGCAGCCGGAUGAGUUGUCGUUAGAAAAAGCCGAUAUCAUCCUGGUCCACCAACAAAGCAGCGACCAUUGGAUCGAGGGCACCAGACUGUCCGACCGGCAUCGCGGAUGGGUACCCGAUUCGCAUUUGGAAUUGAUCGGCAACACCAGAGUCCGGCAGCGCAAUCUGUCCGAUGCCCUCAAACUCACUACGGCCACGGCGGCGGUAUGAGCGCGACUAAAAAGCGAGAGACUCUCCGCUUGCUUUCCGUUUGCCAUUGGGACAGACUGGAGAGUCAUCAUCGGUGUCUCCGGAUCUCGAUUCCUGCCUUCUGAAUCAAAGGACAGUCUGCCUCUUUGGAGCAAUGCAAGACCACAGUUAGCCGAGGCCCGGACCUGUGCACUCUCUGAAAAAUAUUAUCCGCAUCACAAAAAGUGUGUGGUUAUAAUAUGUGUUUUCAAAAGGCCAAAAUGUUUCCCCAAGUGAUGUUUUCAGGAAAGUGAUACAUUUGUACAUCUAGUAGAGUGGAAAAGGUGAGUUCAUGGAGCAUGUAUUAUUACAGUGUGAGCUCCUUGACAGGGCUCAGUGUAAAAAUGUGCAACUUUUGAAAUGUACAGAACAUUCUAAGUACACAGUGAAUCUAUUUCAAUAAAUCCAGAUUUCAAUCAUGCGGAA